AAGAUGAUUUAGAGCAUGAAUCUAUUCAAGAGAGAUUUAUAAUUGAUGCAUUGAGUAACAUGCGAGUAUAUUAUAUAUAAUGAUCAUUUAUGAUCUUCAAAUGUUAUGGAUUUAUCCAUUACAACAUGACGUAAUUGUUAGUCAAGUGCUAGUGCAAGUGUCGUGUAGAAAAUCAUAUUAAUACCAUGAUGAACAAUGGAUGUAAUAAUAUACGAGAUUAGAUUAAUUAGAUAAACAAAAAAGGAAACAAUGUCAGUUCCUUCCUGCUCAACAAGUAAAGAACUGGAGAAUGGAACUACUAAGGAGGAUGUAGCUUAUACAAAAUGGGAAUGUUUUAGUAACUGGGUGCAUUGUAUAUGCAUCGUUACUUUUGAUCUUGAAUUGGGUCAAGCUAUAGAGGCAAUUUAUCCAAACCAUGUCAAAUUAUCAGAGCAAGAGAGAUCCAAUGUCUGUUACUUAGCCUUUCCCGAUUCCAAUUCUGGAUGUAUGGGAGAUACUCAAUAUCAUGUAAGAAUAAGACAAAGCAGUAAAAUGGUGCAAGAAACUAAUGCUCUUAAAGAGUACGAUAGGAAAUCACCUUCCUUUCUGCAAACUGAUAGAGAUUAUUACUGGGGAUACGUAUAUUUUCGACAAGUAAAAGAUAAAUCUUUACCAAGAGGAUAUUUUCAAAAGAGUGUUGUUAUAAUUACAAAACUGCCAUUUGUCAAUCUAUUCGGUGAAUUAUGUGCUUUAAUCGCGCCGGAAUUUUUCGAGACUGGAACAGCACUCAUGGAAGCUGUGGUGCGUGAGAUUGAUAACUGGCCUCCUCCGGUACCAGGCCAGAUAGUUCAUUUACCUCUUAUUGGUGUAUUAUUUCAGACAUAUAUCCCAAAUCAAAAUUAUAAGGCUACUAUUCCAUCAAUUGCUGCCAUGGAGCAUGCACCGAAUGUGCGCACAAUGCGAAAACUGAUGUUAACGUCAGCCCAUGAGAGUGACAUGUUUCGAAGUUUAGCCAGUAUUGUUAGUUAUGUACAUUUAUUGUGGGAACUGGUGCUUCUUAGUGAGCCGAUCGUUGUGAUGGCAAGCUCGCCAACUACAUGUUCCGAGAUGGUUCAAGCGCUUAUAGCCAUGAUUGCUCCGCUGAAAUACUGCGCAGACCAUCGCCCGUAUUUCACUAUUCACGAUUCGGAAUUCAAGGAAUACACCACAGAUUCUCCAGCGCCGCCCGCCGUGAUCUUGGGUGUGACAAAUCCAUUUUUCGCUAAGACUCUGCAACACUGGCCGCAUAUCAUCCGUAUAAGCAACGGCAGUACUAACGAUGAUCAGAAGUAUAAAAUCAAGAGAUCUGAAAAUCUGAAGAUGCUGGAUUCCAAGCCAGGCGUUUAUACUCAGUACAAGACUUUUCUGCAAAAAGACAAAACUAUCUUGAAGAAAUUAUUCAGGGGCAUUCAGACAAAACGGCCGGGCGAAGUGCAGACUGCGCUUUUAAAACGUCACCUAAUAGAACUAACAGAAAGCUUUAUGAUUCCACUUGAAAGAUACAUUGCAACCCUCAUGCCAUUGCAAAAAAACAUAUCACCGUUUAAAGCAACUCCUACACCACAAAUGUUUAAUCCAGAUGACUUCCUAGCUAGUUUAAGUAGCUCCGGUCCUCAAUUAACUACAGGUAUAAAAGGGGAUUGGGUAGGACUGUACAAACGAUUUUUUCGAUCGCCUAACUUUUCUGGAUGGUUUCACACGAGAUAUAUGGAGUUGAGUCAGCAAUUGCAAGUUAAACAAUUAGAGAAAUUAUCGCAAGCGGAUUUGAAAACGUGGGUGCAAGGAAAGCAAGAGGUAGAAGUGGUCGAUAUGAUUCUCAGAAUUCGCCAAAAAUUAGAAAAAAGUUGUAUCGAUGACGUACCAAUCGAUAAUUCGGUAAGAGAAAGAUUGCGAGAGAGAAUAAAUGACAUUACGCAUGUAUUGCCGGAUGAUUUAAAGGUGAUACUAAGACAUGAAUCUUGACAGUACGAGUACAUUAUUAAUAUCAAAACUCGUUGACAUUAUAUUUAUUUCUAUCUAAACUGAUAUCGUAUUUAAGUCAACUCAAAAAGACGUAAUAUGUAAGAUGAUUUAAAUGCUCCAUCUCUUUCUUAUUUACAAUAUAACAUAAAUGAGUGGAGAAGGAAACUGUUAUGCAAUUAUAGUUCGAUAAAUUACAUUACGUUUAAAGAGGAUGAUAUUUAUAUACGUAUUUGAUCUGCAACUCGAAAUACUCGCCACAGAUGAGUUAGUGAAAAAAAAUCCACUGUUAUACAACAAAAGUCAACUAUAGAAACAUCAUUCUAUGUGUUUAGGCAAAUUAUGUAAUCCUUUGAAUACGAAAAAAUACGACGUUGGAUGUUCUGUGUGGUCGAAAUUCAGCGAUAAUAAAUACGAAAUUAUUCUUGUGUCGAGCUCAAGUAUCAAGAAAUUACGAUAUACUAGAUGUAGGACUUUUACUAAAAUAUUUGCCUCAAAUGUAUAUUAUUUAUUUAUACAUAUAAAUUAUAUCAUGGAUAAAUUAGAAAAUGCGCUGUGCGCAUAUAUAUUUGCUCAUGGUACUCAAAGGACUAAGUGUCUCAACGCUUUUAUACUUGAAACAUUUCGUAAAUUUAUGUGAUCUUAUACUUACCUAUAGCGCUAUUUAAUUUCCUUUGUAAUGCCAACUUUAUCAGUAGCUUCCAUUUUCUGCUCGACCAAGUCAUUCCGAUUAUGAUUUUACAUACCAAUACUUCGUUUUUUUGUUAUCAAGUAUCGAUGAAUACUCUAUGGGGCGGUGAGCGAUGAUAAUAAUGGUAAUCUCAUAAAAGCAUGAAUUUCAAUUCGAGCGAAAUGCGUGAGAUUGAAAUGUUAAGUAAUGUACAUUUUGGAGAUCUGUAAAUAAUGGUACAAAUGAUGCGUACACAUAAUAAAAAUUUAUUUUGAUAUA